AUGUUGUCAAUCAGUUGCUCAGAGUUCAUGAGCAGCCGCAGUUCUCCUGGGACAAUGCGUUUGUUCUUACUCGAGGGGAUUGUAACAAUAAUGCUAAGGCGAUACAGACGACCAACUUUGAUCCUCGCCAUCACCCCCCGCGAUGUAGGGUUCCGCGGCUCCUGGUACGCCGGCACCGUCGUCCGCCGCGAGGCGAAGAACACCAAUCGUUACGUAGUCGAGUACGACCAGCUCUACGCGGACGAAUCUGGGGAGAAGCUGCUGCAAGAAACCCUCGAUUGGAUCCAAUUGCGUCCGCCGCCGCCGCCUCCCGAGAAGAAGGUCCAGUUCAAGUUCGAAGACGAAGUGGAGGCCUUCUACAGCGACGGCUGGUGGGAAGGGGCUAUUAUUGCGGAGCACUCCGGCGGGAAAUUCGCGGUGUUCCUCAGAGGCUUUGAGGAGCAGAUUGUGUUUGAAGAGAAAGAUUUGAGGUUGCCUGUUCAGUGGGUUAAAGGGAAGUGGGAGUCGCGAUUCGAACAGUUCACUCAAGGAAUGCAAGUCGAGGUGCUAACUGACGAAGACGGUUUGAAAGGUGCUUGGUUUGCUGCAACAAUUAUUGAACCUUCGGGUGAAGACAAGUACCUUAUUGAGUACAAAACCCUGAGGAAUGAUGAUGAUACUGAGUUUCUCAGAGAAGUCAUUCGUGCUUGCAACAUAAGGCCUUGUCCGCCGGAGAUCAUUGUUGUGGAUGGAUUCAAGGUGUGGGAUGAAGUAGAUGCUUACUACAACGAGGGCUGGUGGGUUGGCGUGAUUGCAAAGGAAGAGGAAAGGGUCCCCGAUUUGGAUCUCUAG